GCCCUGAUAUAAAUAAUUAAGAUGUUUAGCCAUCCAAAUAUUUUGGAGAAAUAAAAAGUGCCUUAUAAACUUGAUCAUUCCCUGUGAAGUUUCAUACAUGUCUUUAAACAAUGGACAAACAGCUGCCAGUGUUGCAGAAAGGGCUGAAGAACAACUUUGCAGACGUGCAAGUUUGUGUUGUGGAUUGUCCAGACCUCACGGAAGACCCAUUUCGAUUUCCCGUCAAAGGGUUGUGCGGCAGUCCACGCAUUACAGAUGUUGGGGGAGUGCCCUAUUUAGUACCAUUGGUGAAAGUGGACAAGGACUACAACAUGAAUUCUGUAUCAAAAGACCUCGAGCUACCUGGAGCGUUCAUUCUUGGUGCAGGAGCUGUGUCUUCCAAAACUGUCGGAAUGAAUGCUGAGUUGAUGCCUCUGGUGCUCACUGAAGCUGAGGGGAGGCAUGCAGUGAAUAGCAGUUGGAUUUCCUCAAUCAAUCCAGCAGAUGGCCAGUGCCUGCUGGAGAAAUACAGUGACCAAUUCUCAGACUGCAACUUCGGUCUGCUGGCCAAUCUGUAUGCAUGUGAAGGAAAGCCUGGAAAGGUAAUUGAGGUCAGAGCCAAAAUACGAACUGGAGAAGAGAGCCUUGUGGGUGCUCUGAGGAAGAACAUGGAGAAACACUACCCUGAUAAAAGCAUGGCUUUGGGGGGAACCUUCAUCAUCCAGAAAGGGAAGGCGAAAAUCCAUAUCAUGCCAAGGGAGUUCUCAGCCUGCCCACUCAACACUGACGAAGAGGUGAAUCAGUGGCUAAAACACUUUGAAGUCAGUGCACCUCUCAUUUGCCAGUCUGUGAUGGUCUCCAGAGACCCUGGUUUGGACUUGCGUGUGGAGCACACUCACUGCUUCAGUUACCAUGGAGAGGGUGGCCACUACUACACAGACACCACUCCUGACAUUGUGGAAUACUUGGGCUACUUCCUGCCUGCUGAGUUUGUCUACCGUAUUGACCGGCCAGAGAAAACCCACAACAUCUGAAACCUGACAACAGUUGACAGUUACACCAAAGUCUUUUUAUCUGGAUUGUUUCUUACAUUGUGCAUGGGCAAAAGGGCUUUGCUCUGAUUCUUUGAAAACAAAACCCCACAUGGUUUAAGUCAAGAUGGAUUAAAAACUAAACAAUGGUAACAAUGACACAGAAACAUCUCAAGAACACUUAAUCAAGUAAUGGUGACAUUUCAUUAUGUUUUUCUCUGGAGAAUAAACUACAUUCUUGGAUGAUC